AUGAGGUGUUUCUUCAUCUGCACGCCUGGCGUCCGUGGCACGCCUGGCGUCCGUGGCACGCCUGGCGUCCGUGGCACGCCUGGCGUCCGUGGCACGCCUGGCGUCCGUGGCACGCCUGGCGUCCGUGGCACGCCUGGCAUCCGUGGCACGCCUGGCAUCCGUGGCACGCCUGGCGUCCGUGGCACGCCUGGCGUCCGUGGCACGCCUGGCGUCCGUGGCACGCCUGGCGUCCGUGGCACGCCUGGCGUCCGUGGCACGCCUGGCGUCCACAGGACUCCAUGCCAAAGAUUACAUGAUAGUGAAAUCUGGAUGUACAUAGAUGCGAUACAGUCA